GAUGGUAUUUUGGACGUUAUUCUUCGGAUCAUCGUUUUUUAUUGGUAUUAAAGGACUAAAUAUGUGCACAUCUACAGAUAAUCUUAUAAGUAAUACUUAUCAAGGAUUAAGAUUAGUUAAUCAUAUUAUUGUACAAUAUCUGGCGGUAACUUUUAUGACUUGUGGACAGAAUUGUUUGAGGAGAUCAGCCUGUAAGUCUUUUAAUUAUAAUAUUCAAAAUGGAACUUGUGAACUAAACUAUGUUGAUGUUCAGAUGGGAAUUUUGGAAGCAACUCCUGGCUAUAUAGUGACUGAUAUUCAAAACUGGACACAGGAACUGGUGGGAUUAUGUUCAAGUCAUUCUUGUCCACAGAAUUCGGUUUGUGUACUAAAUUCUACAGACUAUUUUUACUGUGAGGUAGAAGGUUGUGGCCCACCCCCUGAGGUUGUUAAUGGCACGCUAAUGCCCCCAGACAAUCUCAACAUAGACACAGUAUUGCAAUAUGAAUGUGAUCCUGGUUAUAGAGCUGUUGGUAGUAGAAUUUGUGGUCUUGAUGGAAAAUGGACAAGUUUCCAUUGUCAACCCUAUAUCAGAAAUUGUACUAUGUUGAAGAAUUGUAACCCAUCGUAUGGCGAUGGUGAAUAUUGGCUUAAUCCACAAAUAUUUGUUGAUCAACCUGUGAAGAUUUACUGCUCUUUAAUGACCACGACUUAUCCGACAGAAUAUGUUACACUGCCUAACCCGAACAUGUUUUCUAACGCACAUUUAACAUCUUUUUGUGGAUUUACUACGGCCAAGUCGUUUGGAGAAACAAUUUAUAGCAAAGUUCGUGUUGACAUAGAUACUAUGGUUAUAGAUGGAAAUGAUCUCAAUUUCGCAUCUGGGAAUAAACCCACAUGGUUUGGCUAUGUUGGUGAUUGCUGGGCAAUAGGUACCCCAUGUACUCUCCUAACAAACACUAAAAGUGGUGUUUUAUAUUUGGAUAGUGGUGAAACCGGUCUAUUAUUUAACACUACAAAAAAUUGGGUUACUUUCCCUGGACAAUCAGCAGGGCCUUCUACUAUAGAAACGUUCAGUAGAUCACAGGACAACCUUACAAUUGAUAUAGCUUGUAGCGGUGCCUGUGCUGGAUGUCAUCCAGAUGGUGAUCAGUUAGAAUUUGAACUGAAUUAUAAUUAUGUUCCUCCAUUAUCUUCUGCUAUAGACCCCGCGUGUCAAUAAUGGUACUGAAGUCGAGUCAGAGUUUGUGAGAAUUAAUCUGAAAUUAUACUUUUGAGAACUGGAAGCCUGUCGUCUUUAAGUGUUAUUUCUACAGUUGCUAUUAUGGUGAUAAUACCAUAUCGUGCGGUCAUUGUUACGACAUGUACAACUUUCUUUCAAUACCGAUGAUUUCGCCGACUUUGAGGAUUUUUAUCUGUCUUUCUGGCUGCUAUUUUAUCGUGGUCCAUAUGCCAUUCAGCCGAAAAUAUCAGAACAUGUCUCCCAAAGACUUUAUUGUACAUGUAGAUGUUAUGUUUAAAACAUUUUUGGUUGUAAGAUUGUGAUAGUGAAUUCUGUGCCAAUUUGGUCUUAGACUGUGUUUUUCUUGACCCUUGUACGCGGAGAAGUUUGGAUUGGCGUGAUUUGGUAGUUUCUUGUUUUAAUGUCACGUUACAUUUUUUUGCGUAGUGGCACUAUUCAUUUUCAGACACACUUGUCUAUUUACAGAGGAGGAUUCAAUAGUAUGUGUUAGUGUUUGUAGCAUUGGUAGGUAUUAGGUAAAUCGUCUUGCCAUUCAGUAACAGUCAUUUCUAUACCACCCCUCUCAUUUGUCACGUUACAUUUUUUUGCGUAGUGGCACUAUUCAUUUUCAGACACACUUGUC